UGCUCAAGCAGUCCCAGCCCACUUGCUCAGCUCAGUUCCUUACAGUGGGGAUUGGGGAAACUUAAGUUUACAGCCCGUCUGCAUCGCAGCAUCUGGGACCUCAUCUGGAUCUCUCCUCCGCCAAUUUUUUUAUAAUCUUCCAGGACAAUCAGAGUCUCAGAAUGCCUUUUGGAGGCGGAAACAAGUGUGGUGCCUGUCAGAAGACAGUCUACUUUGCAGAGGAAGUGCAGUGUGAGGGCCAGAGCUUUCACCGGAGCUGCUUCCUGUGCAUGGUGUGUAAAAAGAACCUGGACAGUACCACUGUGGCUGUGCAUGAGAAUGAGGUGUACUGCAAGUCCUGCUACGCCAAGAAGCAUGGGCCAAAAGGCUACGGCUACGGAGGGGGAGCAGGCACACUAAGCAUGGACAAAGGAGAGUCGCUGGGCAUCAAGCAUGAUGAGCCAGCUGACCACCGGCCGACAACAAAUACAAAUCCAUCCAAGUUUGCUCAGAAGUUUGGGGGCUCAGACAGGUGUCCACGGUGUGACAAGGCUGUAUAUGCUGCUGAGAAGGUCAUAGGUGCCGGCAAUUCAUGGCACAAGGCCUGCUUCCGCUGUGCCAAGUGCGGCAAAGGUCUUGAGUCCACAACUCUUGCCGACAAGGAUGGAGAAAUUUACUGCAAAGGAUGCUACGCCAAGAACUUUGGACCCAAAGGCUUCGGGUUUGGCCAAGGAGCCGGGGCAUUGGCACACGCACAGUAAAUCCCACUGCUGGCAGGCUCAGGAUGAAGACAUCACACACUCAGCCAGCCAGCCAGCCGGUCAGCGAUGCCACUGCCACCGUCGUUGUCACUUUCUCUUUCCUGAGAAACUCAAAGUGCUUUGUGCAAAUGACCAUCAAGAACAUUCUAUUCUAUUCUAUUCUAUUCUAUUCUAUUCUAUUUCAUGGGACCAAUGACAUUUCUAAAUUAUCUUCCAGUGAGCCUCUUCACAGUGCUCUAUGCUCCAUGCUGUUGUGUGGCUGCAAGGUGUGUUGCUAAAAGUAUGUCCGGAUUGCAUUGUCAGACACGCUUUGGCCAUCAACCACUCAUCAGUUCGGCAGCAUCAUAUGGCUCUCCUAUUGACCCAUUUCACAGCAUGUAUUGCACUAUUACAUUAACAGGCUACCCGAGGCACUAGGGUAGCCAUUGUUUUUACCGCACAGUAUACUUCGCAUCAUUCCACAUCAAUCUAAUGAAUAAAGCUUGGAAAUGAAGAACAUAUGUAUUGAUCAAACCAACAUGCUUUCUCUUUCUGCACAUAGUUAAUGCCAUUGUAAUGACAUGCUCAAAUAAAUAGUUGUGAGACUAUCAAAAGAAAUUAUACUCAAAUAAUGCCAGAUUUUUUUUGCAUGCAUGCUGAAUAUAUGCCAUCAACAUUUCUCAUUCACGAAGUCUGGUGAUCUUGUCACAAGGGCUUCAAUCUGUUUGAACAAAAUGAAAAAAAAAAUGCAGAUAUUUUGCCUUGGCAUUCCAUUCAUAUCACAAUAGUGACUCACUGUACUGUAUACAUGAAAACUUUGUCACACAAUGAUAAAUAUGCACUUUACAUAACUCAAAAACA